UUUUUCAUAUUUCAUUUCAUUUUAUUUUUGUUUAGCUCUAGGGUUUUCAGAAUCACCUCCGAUCGAUCCCAACUGAUUGAAUCGCUUUUCUCUAGGGUUUCCUUUGGUUUCUCGGGAUUUUGGAUUUUCCGUCAAAAUUUGUUUGUUUGGUUGGGAAAACAACAAAAGGAGAGAAAAGGAAAGGAAAGAUUUGAUGGUGCAGUUGAUGACAUCUGGGGAUUUCAGGUCCGAACAGGAAACGGCAGCUUGUACGGACAAGCCGCCGGUGAAAUUGGAGAUCGAGGAUUCCUUGGAGGACGAGCACGGUCCUGUCACCAAGCGCCCCAAGGCUUCCCCAGCUUUUCAGGAGUGGGGUGCCGAAAGUAAUGGGUACUCCGUUCCAGCAUCGCAAUAUAACCCGCUUGAUGAGCCCAGCCCAUUGGGUUUGAAGCUGAGAAAGAGCCCAUCGCUAUUGGAUUUGAUCCAGAUGAAGCUUUCUCAAGGGGGUCCUUCUACACUUGGAGCUGCACAGACUGGGAGCGUUACCGCUGGAGUCAAAAAGGAAAACAAAGCUAAUGCUCCUGUGGGCUCUGCGGACAAGCUGAAGGCAUCGAACUUUCCCGCUUCGCUCUUAAGGAUAGGCUGUUGGGAGUAUAAAUCACGAUACGAAGGCGAUUUAGUAGCAAAGUGUUACUUUGCUAAGCACAAGCUUGUCUGGGAAGUUCUUGAAGGUGGUCUCAAGAGUAAAAUAGAAAUCCAGUGGUCUGACAUUAUGGCUCUGAAGGCAAAUUGUCCCGAUGAUGGACUUAGUACUUUGACUGUUGUGCUGGCGAGACAACCUCUUUUCUUCAGGGAGACCAACCCCCAGCCUAGAAAACACACCUUAUGGCAGGCAACAGCAGACUUUACUGACGGACAAGCUAGCAUUCACAGGCAACAUUUUCUGCAAUGUCCUCAAGGAUUGUUAAACAAACAUUUUGAAAAGCUUAUUCAGUGUGAUAUGCGUCUCAACUUCUUAAGUCGACAGCCAGAGAUAGUUUUGGACUCGCCAUAUUUUGAACCGCGAAGUUCUGUUUUUGAGAGCCCAGAAGAAUCCAAAGGCCUAGGUAUUGACCAAGGUAUGGGCUCUUCCAUCACUGGUCUCCAGGAUAUAGCAUCGCCAUCAACUCAGUCGUCCUCGUUCUCAUUGAAGCUCGAUCAGCAAGAUUCAGCUAGCGUAGUAUUGGAAAAUAGGUCUAGAGAAGCUCCUUCCCCAAGCUCAGUGAUGGACACUCGUGCAAUUGAAGGAAAUGGAAGUUCUGAAACAGUUAAUUCGAGGGGACUGAGGAACUGGAACCAGAUAAAAGUUCCCGGUCUUCACCCGUCGAUGUCGAUGAGUGAUCUUAUGAGUCACAUUGAAAACUGUAUCUCGGAACAGAUUACUUCUGGCAAUCCAUCCUCUGCUAAUCAACAGUCGGAGUACCAGGACAUGUUGGAGGACAUUGCACAGUACCUUCUCAGUGACAAUCAAUUGACAACGGCUUCUGAUGAGAACUCUCUCAUGACAAGGGUCAACUCUCUCUGUUGUCUUCUGCAGAAAGAUCCCAGCACUCUUCAGCAAUCUCAGGCCGACGGGGAAAGUUGCGUCGAAGGGCCUGCUGGUGGAAAGGGUAUUGCUCCUGAAGAGGAUGUAAAGGAUAAUCUUAACGGGAAGCAAGCGCAAGGAAUGUCUAGGAAAGAUUCCUUUGGCGAACUGCUGCUUCAUCUCCCCAGGAUUGCCUCUCUUCCGAAGUUCUUGUUCAACAUUUCAGAAGAAGAUGGUGAGAGUCAAUCUUCAUAAAUAAAAGGCACUUGCUUAAAAUUCCUGAACAUUGGCCGAAUUCAAAGCUGAACAGCAAGUUUUCCCAAUGUGGGCUUGAAUGUAAGCCAGCUGUUUAAUAUAUCAUUAAAAGCUUGCGUUGCCUUUGGGAGAGACUGGGAUUCAGAAAUUAGUAUUGAUGAAGAAUCCUGGUAAACUAAUUUCCCAUGUAAAAAAGGAAAAAAAAAAGGUUAAAAAGUCUUAGGUUUUAUUGUUACCUUAUUGUGGUUUCUUUCAUGUGUUAUGAACAGGGUAUAUAUGCAUGUUAUGAGCAAGUUGUUGCAUCCUUGGAAGGUUAAUGUAUUUUGAAUGUAGGUUCUUUUGUGCUGUGAUUAAUUUCCUCACAACUGUAUUUAUUUUUGCCUUGAAAAACAAUUGGGAUAUCAUAAACCUCCUUUGAGCUAGUCAAUCUGUAUAUAAACGAAAAUUGAAUGAGGCUUCUCUGCCAUCUUUGGACCUUGA